GUCAAAAAAUAAAACGAUAAACACCCUCUAGAAAAACAAAAACACUUCAAAUUAUAGUUUAGUUCUCGAUAUAGCAAGACCCAAAUUCACUCAUUGUUCUGUGUUUCCCUUCAAUCAAUUUCAACACUGCGAGGUUUCGGAAGAGCUAUAGGGGUUGCUCACACCACACUAUUUAAUGUGAUUCAACUUGGGGGGAAAAACAGGUUCAGCGAAAGAAAGGAACACAAUUUGCUAAUAGUUACUUCAAUUAAUGUUUGUUACAUUGAAACUUGGAACUUGUUUGGUUUUUUUUGGUUUUUCAACUCAUAUGGGACAAACCAACAUUAAGAAUGUUCCAAUAGCUGUCCGCCACCACAGGUUCAGCCGAAAACUAGUAUUCAGAAAAAUCCGGUCACGGUGCAAGUGAGUGAAAGAGGAGGUUCUGAUGAUCGACACUGUAGUAUUGAUUCAGAAUGGUUUUUUGCUGAACAUCUUUAGCUGUUGAGAGAGUAUCUUCUAGACCGAAAAUUGAAAUCAUGCCGAGAAAGGUGGCUAUUGAGUGUAUGAAGGUUGUUUUAUUAGGGAAACUAGGAUUUUCUGUCAAGUUUAGUGUGCAUAGGGAUGUUCUGAUAGAGAAGAGUAGUUUCUUUUCUGAAAAGAUUUCAGAGCAAUCGGAUUUGUAUUGUCUUCAAAUCAGUGAUUGCGAGGAUGUUGAUUGUUGAAAUAUAUGUUGAAGCUGUUGGUUUUAUGUACUGCAAAGAAAUGAAACAGUGGCUUAUGAAACAGAACGUUUCUUGCAUUCUUCGAAUUCUCAAGUUAAUUGAAUUUCUGAAAGGCUUGGUUGGUGGAGUCAUGUUCAUUUUUUCAAUCCAUGGCUGUGAAUGCAUUUCUUGGUUGUGCAAGUUUCUCUUGGCCUCAUAUUCCACCUUUAGAUGUCAUGGCUUGGCUAAAACUGUGUGGACUAGUGGGUCUGCUAAUUGUUCAAGGAACUGUAAUGGCAAGUGCUAUUUCAUUGGUGGAAGAGUUGCUUUUCAGGUCAUGGAAUCAUAAUUUCAGGGCUGGCAUUUUCUUUCUUGCAGAGAUCGUGGCCUUGAUUAGGGUUUAUCAUUGUUCUACUGCUGGAGUACAAUCUGUAAGGGUUUUGCGCUGUUUUGAAUGGGCAAAAGAUUAAAGGUUGAAUCUUUUUCAUGGUUCUUUUUAUGAUCAUUUGAUUCCUAAGGAUGAUUUGAUUUAAUUUUAUUUAUAUACAUAUAACAUAACAUAUAAGGAUGAUUAGUUUUUUUUUGGGUAUAAAAUGACGAGUAUUUUUCCUCAUAUACCAAAUCUAAUAAUCAAAGAUUGUGAGAUCUGGUAUAUAAGAAAAAGCACAGAUGAUUAGAUUUGGAUUUUGGAGUGUGAUGUACUUGCCCAGCCCAGUGUUUUAGUCAUUAAAUAACAAGAUCUUAAUUUUUUUUAUAUAAAGAUUAACGAGAUCUCAGUUAUUAGAUCAUUGCAACGACCGGGAUAUUAAAUACUUUAAACUAGCUAAAACUAUAUUUGUUUCUGCAGUUGGAUAACUUUUAAUGUGCAGUCAUAUAUUUGUUUUUGUUUACUGUUCGUACAUAUUAUCUUUUUUGCAUGAGGAUACAUAAUUUUUAUAUUGACUGUACAGUUCUGUUAAAUUCCAGCUAUAGAGGCAUUAUAACAUAGCAGAAUUUGUUCAAACAACUAUUGCGUUACAAUAUUUGAUAGUCAGUACAAAAUAUUGUCAAAUAACAGCUAUACCAGUUCUAUGGUGUUGUGGCAUAACGAAAUCUAAAAAAAUGGUUGUUAUUUUCCGUUCAGUUAACAACAUUGUAAAUAUGUUUUGUCAAAAACAAACGUGACUAUGUAUUUAAUUUUAUGUUUAAAUAAUGGAUUUGAUUGUUGUGUUAUUUAGUAAUAAAAGCCCUAUGAAGUAUGAGGUUCUAUCUUGAUCUAAAAAUGACUAGUUUCAUUGUGCAAUCUAGUUAUGAUUUAUGAAGCUAUUUAUACCAAAGCUUUAUGUCAUUUGUGUUUUAUUUUCAGCUUUUUUUAUUAAUUACAUUGUAAUAAAAACUACAUUAGAUUACUUUUUUUCUUCUAUCAUGGAAUGACUUUUGAAUUUUGAUAGAACAGUGAUUAGAUUGGAGCAGUCUUCAUGGAAAUUCUGUAUACCGGUUGCUCUGAGACAAAUCAAGGAGCAGCUUACGGACCUAAUGAAGAACAUAUUUGCGUUGAAAAUUGCGAAUAUGAUAUUUCAAAUCUUGAUGGUGAACUCAGUGACAGUUCAUUUGUAAUGGAAGGGCUUCAUAUGGAUUCAUUUAGCUUGCUAGCUGCUACUAAGGGUCAACAAUGUCAAGCAUAUAUCAAAGACAAGGGAAGGCAGUGCGUGAGAACCACAAUUGGUAACAAUAGAUACUGUUGCGUGCAUUUCUUAAGUAAAAAAGAAAGGCGUGUUAAAUCAAUCACUCCAAUUUGUGGAGGUACAACUGCUGCUGAUACUAGAUGUAAGAAUCAUUCCCUUCCCAGAUUAUCUUUUUGUAAGAAACAUCUGCACAAAGCUGAGAUGGGUCAGACCUCAAAUUCAAUAUCUCGUACAUUAAAGAGGAAAGCUGAAGUACAUUGCAGUGGUUCCCAGAGCCUGAUUUGCAAAGACUUGGUGUUCGUACAUCUGGAAAGUCCAUUGGAGAUCAAUCCAGAAUCGGUCAUCAAUGAUGAUGAUGAUGAUUCUUUCUUCGCAAAGAACAUCUUUGGCGAAACGCUCAAGCUUUCCGGUAAUGAUCAGUGGACAGGCUCUCCUAGCUAUGGUAAUGAUCAUAAUGAAGACUUUUGUAUUGAUAAUGAGAAUGCUGUUAAGUGUAAGGUCUGCUUUGAAGAAUUUUCUGAUAACCAAACACUUGGCAACCAUUGGAUGGAAAGUCAUGAAAAGGAAGCACAAUGGCUGUUCAGAGGUUAUGCAUGUGCCUUUUGUUUUGAUUCUUUCGCUAACAAAAAACUAUUGGAAUCACAUGUUCAGAAGAGACACUAUGCGCAGUUUGGUGAACACUGCUUGCUUUUUCUAUGUAUUCCUUGUGGUUGUCAUUUUGGAAAUAUGGAGGAAUUAUGGUUGCAUGUUAAGUCAGUUCACCCUGUCGAAUUUGAGCUACUUUCGAAAACUCCUGAGCAACUAAUGUUGUCUACCGGUGAUGAUUCUCCUAAAAUGAUGGAGCAGGGAAAUGAAGCUUCUUUGGGCAAUGAUAAUUCCGAGAAUCGAAGUGGUUCGCGGAAGUUUAGUUGCAGGUUUUGUGAUUUGAAAUUUGAUUUACUACCUGAUCUCGGUCGCCAUCAUCAAGCUGCUCAUAUGGAGCGCAAUCUAGCCAACAGGCGCUUGGCAAAUAGUGGAGUUCGUUAUUAUGCUCACAGACUAAAAUCUGGCAGACUUACCCGUCCUAAUCCUAAAUUUGAAAGAGGUUUGGAAGAAGCAUCAAAUAGGACCAGGAGAAGGGCUGAAGCUAAUUUCAAGAAAAGAAAUCAGGCAAAUAAGUUGCUUGAGAUGGGAGAAAUAUCCAUCCAGCCGCCUCAUGCAGAUGAAUUGGAAAAAUCUCAAUGCUCAGAGGCUGCAAAUACUUUGUUUCGUUGCAGUGAGAAAUAAAUUUGUGGGAAUUGGCAUCAGGAUGAGUUCAUUUGUGCAAGAGGAUGCAAUGUACAAAACCCAGUCACUCCCUUGGCAUCACUUUCAAAUGACCACCUUAAGGAAAAAUCUGCAAAUACAUCAGAUCCUGCAACCAAUAAGUUGGACCAAGAUAAGUUUCACUCUGUCGUCAAUUCACACCAUAUUUUAAGUUAGGGUCGUCGCAAAAGGCUAUGGUGUUAUGUAAGAACAUAAGCUUUGCGACGGAAUCAACUCUUGUGAUAUGUGUAGUAGAUCAACAAAUACUAGAUGCUCUUUUUGAGCAAGAUCAAUAUGUAAAUCUUCCUAAGCCUUAGAUGUUUACCUAUGUAACAAAGUCGAUGCUUUAUGGAUCGCCUAGACUUGAUUAUGAGGUCUUUAUCUUUUGAUUUAAUUUUUUUAUGAUCAAACUCUAAUCAUAUAGGAGUUCAUUAAUAGUAUAUACUGAAAUAAAUGUUUUGUCUCAUUUAUUUA